GGGACACAAACAAAGCUCAGCGCACUGAUGGCGCAUUAUUUUCCUCAGGAUAUAUUGAGUUGAUGCAAUCGCCACCAAUGGCCACAUGUGGAUCGUUGUCGGAGAAGCUGAGUCUAACCUCGCGGAUGGUGAUGUUAUUACUCUGAGAUCAGCUUGGAUGCAUUUUGGAUUCGCUGGAUCAUUUAUAUACACCCAGGCUGACGCGUCGGGGACAGACGCAGCGUGUUUACCAGGGUGGGGAUAACUCCGGAGGAUGCUGCAGUGUGCCAGCUGCGAGAAGCCUAUCGUCGAUAGGUUCCUGCUCAAAGUCUUGGACAGACCGUGGCACAUCCAGUGUGUCCAGUGCUGCGAGUGCAAAUGCAGCCUGACAGAGAAGUGCUUCUCACGGGAGGGGAGGCUGUACUGUAAGAACGACUUCUUUAGGAGGUUUGGGACCAAGUGUGGCGGCUGCGCUCAGGGGAUUUUACCCAGCGAUCUGGUGCGCAGGGCCAAGAGCAAAGUGUUCCACCUGAACUGCUUCACCUGCGUGAUGUGCAACAAGCAGCUGUCCACGGGAGAGGAGCUCUACAUCCUGGACGAGUUCAAGUUCGUUUGCAAAGAGGACUAUCAGAACAACAACGGCAAGGACACCAUUGUCCUCUCAGUCACGACGUCCAGCGACCCGAGCCUGUCCCCGGACCCCCAGGACCCGCAGGACGACGGGAAGGACUCGGAGACGGGACACCUGUCCGACAAAGACAACGGCAACGAGAACGAGGAGCAGGGCGCCGUCGGGAAGCGACGCGGGCCGCGCACCACGAUAAAAGCCAAGCAGCUGGAGACGCUGAAGGCGGCUUUCACGGCCACGCCGAAGCCCACCAGGCACAUCCGGGAGCAGCUGUCGCAGGAGACGGGCCUGACCAUGAGAGUCAUCCAAGUCUGGUUCCAGAACCGGAGGUCUAAAGAGAGACGCAUGAAGCAGCUGAGCGCACUGGGCACACGGAGGCACGUGUUUUUCCGCGGUCCGAGGAGGAUGAGGGCGCUUGGGGAGCGACUGGAGCCUGGAGAGCUCGGACACUUCUCUUAUUAUGGAGAUUAUGGGGAGUAUUAUGGCUCAGGAGGGAAUUACGAGUACUACCAGGGCCCACCGUCCCAGGCUCAGACUCCAGCAGACCUGGGCUUCGUACCCUCCUCUGUCCCCGCCGGCACUCCACUAGGAGCCAUGGACCACCACCACCACCACCAUCACCACCCGGGCCACCACUGUCCGGGAGAGGUGCAGUGCUUCUCCGACCCGGCGCCCCAUCCCCCUGUGGACUCACCCAGUCCGGAGCCUAGCGGGCCGGGCUCCAUGCACAGCAUCUCCAGCGAGAUGUGUGGGCCCAGCACGCCCUACACCACUGUGUCCCUCAGUGACAAUGGAUACACCAACCAGCUGUCACAGCCCUCCUCAGAGAUGAGUGAAGGCACUGUCUGGUGAUGCAGCUGAAACUGCAACUACAAGGCACACUUGGAUUUUGAAGGCAAAUCAGUGUCUUUUUUUGUUUGUUAUGAAAUGCACUUUUAUUUAUCUAUUUAUUCAGUUAUUUAUUUAAUGAAUUACAUAUUUAUUUGCUUUCAUUUCUGCUAAGCUGUCUGUAUUUAUAAAUCUCUAUAUUUGUAUGUUGGUAUGAUUGUUUAUUGACCAGCCGAUUAACAGUUUGAAUUUGACUCAUUACAUUCGUAAUGCUGGGCUACACAGAUCAAGCAAUAAAAACAAAUACAUUUAUAGUUUGCAGAAAAGUGUUUUUUUUCAUUGAUUGCUGGAGAAUUUCUGCAACGUAUUUGACUUAAAGUGUUAAUGUGAAGGUGCAUGGCAGCAGUUUUACCACGUUUCAGUGUUUUACUGACGAGCAGCACCCUCUCUCUCUCUCUCUUUCAUCACAUGUAAUAAAAGAUUUCAUCAUUUAAUAACAGAUUAUGAUUGUGAUGUUUAAUAGGUUUGACCAAAAACCUCUCUCAGGACCGUGGAAGCAUUUGUAUUGGUCUUUUCUUUUUCAUUUGCCAGGCAUGUUCCUUUUUAAUUAUUUGAUUGUCAACACAUGUUUGCCUUUAUAAGGAUAUCUUUAUAAAUCUGCAAAUUUUAUAUGGAAUAGAAAAUUAUUUGACUUUCACGUGACACAAGUCCAAUCUUAUAUAUGGAAUAAUGGACAAUUGUACAGAACAGUCGGUUGUUUACGUAGCGCUCAAGUAUGCAGGGGUUUGAAUUUCAGCUGUAUAUAUAAAAAAAAAAAAACUUGAUUCAGACUCAAUGCAAACAAAACCAAAUUUUUGUAGCUGUUAUUUCUGUGGUCGCUCACUGUGGUAGUUUGUAUUAUGUCCUCAUUGAA